GUUUCAUUUUCUGACUCAACAAAAGCUGGCUUGAACAGAAUACAAAAGUAUGGAAUAGGAGCUUUUUCAGUUGUGAAGUAUCAAGUGUUGUAAGCCGACGAGAUAUCAUACAGAAAAAGAAUGCUGUUCCCAUUUUUGAUGUCGUCAUAGAUAUCCUCCCACUUGUCCCGGCUCAAUGUGGAAGAGGACUUAUUGUGAUUGUUGAUGAACAAACAGAAAGAUGGGACGUGGGGGCGACCAGGACGAAGAAGACGAAAAUUCGCGUUUAUUGAAUAGUGAAGGGUCCCUCCAGGAGGGACGCGCAUCGAACGACGACCGUUAAGAGAAAAUGAAGAUGUAGUUGUUUUUCAAUAAUUUCUUGAAUGUCGACGUAGUCGUAGUCGUAGUCGUCGUCUGCUUCGUCAAUAUUCACAACUUAUCUUUAUCUACUGAGACUACUAAGUGAGGACAAGUUGAGAACGACACGAUAUACACUCCUGCGAUUAGAAAUUGUUUCCCCUAAGGGCAUUCGAAAAACAACGAUGGAAUUUUUGGGGGUUUCUUCGGUGGAUUUUUCGGAGGAUCGCCUGCGUCGUCACCUUCAAAGGCUAGACCGGAGGGUGGAGAUGCCCCGCCAGCCGUCGUUGUUGUCGGGGAAGGCACGCCCUUGCUGGACGGCGAGCGUGCGAAAGAGGAGCCAAAAGUAAAGUUUCCCGUGAGCUUCUGGGGAACUGUAGCAAAUGAAGUGGUUGCAGCGCUGGGGUGCACAGGUCUGCUCACCUUGCCACUUGACCUCGGAGCGACUGGACUCUUCGACUACAUUGUGAUUUCUACGGUCAUGCUCGCCUUCAACUAUUAUACCAUCAUGCUCAUUAUUCGAGCCUCCGAGAAGCAUGGGGUCUACCACCUCGAGGAGCUAAUGAAGCUGCUGACUGGACUAUGGAAAAGUAGUAGAUGUUCUAGAUACGCUGUUUCCUAGGAGUUGUGCAACAUGAUCUAGAUCUUGCAAAUGCAUGAGGAAUCAACCUUGAUGCGAAUUGUAUGCACCCGACAUGCAGAGUCAUCUACUAGAUCACUGCGUGGUCUCAUGGAUAUUUUUUUCUCAAUGAUAUAUUUUUGAUACGAUUACAACAGCAACGAGCUAGAAGUAGGUAAAAAUCUCUCUUCGGUCUUGCUCUUGGUCCCCGCUGCUCCUCUUACUACCACAUUCAUCAUAUUUCAUUCCCUCAGUUCUUGUAGGCAUAAUUUUGUACUUCAAAACUUCUGCCUUUGUCAAGAACACUUUCAUAUGGAGGGAAAUAUUGGUACUGGACGUGUGCCGUUGUGCUGCGGGUGUGCUACGUUUUCUUGCUGGCUGUCUUUAUUGUUGGCGGCUUUCUUGACAGCAUGAGCAAAUUAUUGCGAGUAAAUUGGACCCCGGAAGUCCCGUCAACUGCGGACCGCCUAAAAGAAAUGCGCGAGGCCGCUAGAGAUCCGACGAAGGUAUCGUACGCACACGCUCUCCUCUCGAGGCAGUUAGUCGACGUGGUGCCGCGCGACGAGCGUGCUUGGAAGGGGGCAGACCUGGGCAACGGGUGGCGAUUAGAAUCGUGGGUGUUGCUUGUCCUAUUUUCAGGGCUUGUCACACCGUUGUGCUUUUUUCCGCUCAAGUGGUUAUCGUUUACCAGGUAUAUUUCAGCUUUUGGCAAUGCUGACUUUGAAGUAGUGUUGGUCGACAUUUGACUUAUUGAUUUUGCUUUGCUUCAUGCAUCUGAAACAAGGGAUUGGCCACCCCCGAUGCAUAUGGUAUCUAUAUAGAAGUUGUUCACUAUUUUUCAGAAAAAUGAAAUACAGAUAUUCUAUAUAUGUUCCAGGGCGCGGGGCGACGCCCCCCCCCCUAGCGGGGGGAGGGCGGGCGCCCUGGGCCCCUUUUUGAGGCCUCUGCCGGGGGGGAACGCCUCAAAAGGCCCCCCCACCCCUCCCCCCUGUCCCCUUCCAGGUGUGUGGGGUCCCCUAGAGGCCUCGGACGUAGGUGGAAGGCCUCAAGAGGGCCGCAAGGGGGACCGCCUCCGCUUCCUCCCAGCUGCUUGGCUGGGCGUUCGGCCCUGCGUCAUAUAUGAAUAUAUCUAGGGAUUUCUAAUUCUAUUUCAUUUACUUACUUUUUUUUCGUUUUGCGUCCAACUCCAAGCGUCUACACGUCCAUUUUCACAGCGCCUUCGUAGUGGUCGUAAACGUCAUGACGUUGUUGGUUGUGAUAGUAAAUUUUGGUCUGCUGCACAAAAAUUUGCGCGGACACGAACCGGGUUAUUGGUACGCAGGACAGGAUGUCUGCUUGUUCGGAAUGUCUGGGAGUGGCAGUAUCGGCGCAAUGUCCUCGCUCACGAUGUCGAUCGCUAUUCAGCCCUACGCACCACCCAUGUACCGUGAGAUGAAGAAUCUUAUGACCCUUUCCCGUAGAGGUAAAAGCAUCUUGAGGUGAAUCAGGUGAGUCAUCUUUUCGAAGGAAAAAUCCAAGAGGGUUAAGCAACGAGAAGAUGAGAUGAUUCAGGAUGCCUUUCCACAAAAACCAUGAGUCUAAUAAACGCAGCAUCGAAAGCUUUGGGAAUACGAUGAAAAUCGCCUCAGGAUUUCUGCUCUUUCUCUUCAUCGUUUUCGCUGUCUUCGGUCAGUUCACCUACGGGGACGAGGUGUAUGAUAACAUCCUGAACAACUUGCCUUCGAAUGAAUCAUAUUCGCACUUCCUCAGGGCGAUGAUGGCGCUUGGCGUCCUGUUUGUCUACCCUCUAAUCUUGUACCCGAUGCGCACCGGAUUUAAGUCAGAGCGUGCUGCGCUGUGGUGGACAGUACAACACUUCUGAAAAACGCUGAUUAAUAAUCGACUAGUUUAUCUAAUUUCGACUUGUAUGUAACACAGUAGAGAGGGUAGUCAAUUGUGAUUACUGUGUUUCUACCCCCUUAAUGAUAUUACCCAGAUGCAGCUACUUCUUCCGUGCCCCUAAAUCUAAUCAUCAUUACUAGAAGACUCCAAGAAGAUCUCUGAUGCUUCAUACUUUUUUUCUAGGUAGGACCGAUACUCGCAACGUUGGUUCUAUCAAUAGCAGCAAACUCGUUCGGCUUUGGGCUCGGCGUUUGGAACAAUGUCUGUGGUGCAAUAUGCUUGUGCUUUUUUAUGUGCAUUUUUCCUGCAAUUAUCGGCGCAGAGCUCGUAGAGGAGAUACCGAUCUGGCGCGAAUGGUACACGUGGCGAGGCUGGAAGUAUCGUUUAUGAAGAGAACAAGCACAAGAAUGCAUGAUAUCUUUAAUUAGCUGAUGCACAAUUUCGAGGCCCUCACCACUCCAAGUUCUAGGACGAAUCGUGGCGGAUUAUCAAAUGAGCCUCAGCCUGCUGUCUUCUACUUCUAUAUAUGUUCCAGGGGCCAAGGCCCCCCCCGAUCUAACUUUCUGAGAGAGGGGGCCUCCCGCCCCUGGCCCUUUUCCCUGAGGGACGGCCGGGCGGGAAGGCCUCCAAAAGCCCACCUCCGACCCCUUCCCGCUUCUUGCCUGGACCCUACAGAGCCCCCGCCCCUGUGGCAGUUCAAGCACCGAAGGCCGGGGGUGAAAGGCUUCAAAGAUGGCAAAGGUGGCGCGGCUUGGCCCCCUGGGACGGGGGCUCUGUGGGGUCCAUUGAAGAAGCGGAAAGGGGUCGGAGGUGGGCUCUUGGAGGCCUUCCCGCCCGCGGAAAAAAAGGCGCGCGGACGCCACCGCCGCUCCAUCAACAGGAGGGGAGUCUCCACCCCUGGAACAUAUUCUAUGUAAUUCAUUACAUUUUCUUCUGUUUUUGUUUCUCUCAUCUCUAUACCCCUUCCCCCCUGUUUUUUUCUGACAGUACAUGAUGGACGACUUCUGCUCAGGUACUUUAUGUUUAGAAGUCCUUGACCUCUUCCAGCACUGUUCUCUCUGCUUCAAGGCUUAUUACAUUUUCUUCAUACGAACUAAAGCUACGAUGUAUUUAUUGCUUACUUUGGAAAACUAUGGGACCAAACGAAGUUUUUUAGUGACAAGACAUACUAUUACUAUAUUACUAGGUUGGACAAGUACAUCGACUUCAACAACUACUGCUCGACAACGAGGAACGGAAAUUUAUUGGUCAACAUCAUCAAAACACUUCUUAACGUAAGGCACGGGCUCUUUAAUUGUCAACAUAGGGAAUUGCGUCAUCAACUACAGCUACAACCUAGCCUCAGCCCUUUGUUGAAAGGAUGAGUUAUGAACUGCUCGAAUCUUUCAUUUCUGCUGUACAUGGUUCUGGGCGUCUUUCUUAUGAUUGCUGCUCUGGCAAUCGCGAUAACUCCAAGUAUCGAGUUUCGGUUAUGGGCGUGGCGCACGAAUCGGAUAAAGCAGGUUGAAGAGGGACCCAUGCAACAGUUCUUUAACGCCCAGCGAGGUGGGCUUUCAGGUCCGCAGAACAUCCUCUUGGAUACGACCUUCUCAUCCGCCUUUCUACCAGGAGUCGCAACUUCGGAUAGGCCUGAGCACUUGGCGACUUUUGGGAACCUGGCAAUAUACGAGGACAAACGAAAAGGACGCGUUCCCAACUUCCCAGAUUACAGAGAGAUGGUCUGCAGCGUACUCCGGUGGCCACCAUUAUGUGCAAACGCAAAGCAUGCUAAAAAGAUAUCAUUAGCCGCAGUUUGUGUUUUUGAUCCUGAUCCAAAGUACCUUUUAUUUGCUUUUUCGAAUAGAGUAAGUAAAAUGUCGGGUUUCGAGUUACUCGAGUUGCAACGAGUUGCUCGAGUUGCCGAAGCGAAGGGCUUCAAUUCUGGAACGAGUUGCCACGAGUUGCCGGAAGAUAUCCGCCCCACCGGAAUGCGGCGGGGCCGGGGGGUAUGAGAACGGUGCUUGCUGCGCGAAGUGAAGAAGUGGCUGCUUUUGUUGUUGCUCUCUCACGAAAGGGGCAAUCGGUUGCGAAGGGCUCCCCGGCGAGCCCUUCCGGCUUUUUUUCUUGUAGCGUGUGGGCGCGCGUUUGAAGCACAGGCAUUAAGGGGCCGACGGCUUGCUUCGCCUCGUUGCUGUUUUUGUUUGAGGGGAGAGAGUGUCGCUGUGGCUUGCCGUUGGGUCGGUGCCAGUCUCUCCCUUUUUUCUUCAGAUGUGUGUGUGGCCAAUGAAUCUCUUUUGGGGCUGGGAGUGAGCUCCCGCCUGCUUUGGAGAGCGGCCCACUCAGCCAAGAAGGAAGUGAGUAGCCUCGGGCAUGUGGUGGAUGCCUUGCGUGUUUGAUCAAGUGGCUGGGAGGAGUUCCCGCGCUGAAGGUGGUUACUCCCUCUCGUCUCUGGUGCGCAUUGAUUAAGAAGAACGCCAGGGAUCAGAGGCAUGGCGUGGAGUGUCGUACGCUCCUGCUACGAGUCUCAGAGCCUCACAAAGCUGCGCCCGAAGGGCGCCGCGCAAAAAAUUACGGUGGGCAACUCGAGCAACCCGAGAAACUCGACCCGUGACGGGCUAAAAAAAUCCUAACUCCCAAUAAAAACCGAGGCCCUUGCUCUAAAACUGAUUUGUGAUCCUGAUCAUGAUCUGUGACCACAAAAAUUAUCAACCAUGGAAGAUCAACAGGGUAGUACCAUUAUAAAUAUAAAUAUACUUUUUGCCUCUAAGACACCUCGGGGCCAGGGUUGCUCGUCCUAGAAACGUAACUUUCCUGACCCUGAACGACAUUCUUCCCUAUACCACCAGCGGAACAGCGGGUACGGCAAAGGACUAUGCGUACAAGAAUGGGGUUCUCAAAAUACAAGCUACUGAUGAUGACGAUGAUACUUAUGACGAGUGGUGCAAAAGUUUUGAAUUUUGAAUAAGUCCCACAAACAGCUUUCGAUGUAGAUGGGGUUGUGGUUGCGGAGGAUGGUUCCAACUCUAUUGCUAGUACCUCUACCUAGUGCCAUUUCUCUUUCUAAGUCGUGAAAGGAGAUGGCGCGCUCGUUGGAGGCAGUCGAGUAGUAGACCCGAUCACGUAUGCGCUGCUCCUUCGGCGGAUACUCGACAAAGUUCUGCUUCCGGCAAACACGUUAAGGUUAGAGGCUUCUGAGUCACUGUGUAAUAUGGCUCCGUAGAUAGUUAAGCUGGAGCUACAACUUGGAGCGAAUGUGUGACGGGUAGACGCCAGGCCGUGGUAUCAGACUGUGAUCCUCGUCAGGACGAAGAUCUUCAUCAUUUUUCUUUCACUAUCACCAUCACGUCUUUAUCACGUCUAAGUCAAGAUAUACUGACUCCGAGGCAACAGCCCGUUCGCUCAUGGCGGACCUAUUAUGGAAUGGUGGUCGUAUUGAAUUUUGUUACUUGGACCCUGUCGCGAGGUGCGACAUGCGCAAGCGUGCAGUUUCACGUUUUAAGCAUUCGUCCUGACUGAUUCUCUCGUCUCGUCCUUCGUCGUAAAUUGCUAUCAAGCACGCUUGUCCUUACACUUGAUUCGCGCCACCCAACAGCCACAUUGGCCACAAAUACACCCAGUAGUGUCUUAUCUUACUUUUUCUCGGCUCAUUUUCAUGCAACCGGCGUGAACUUCACCGCCAGUUUAGCGGACGACUUCGCAAGAAUCGCGGCUGAUCCGGCAAAGACUGCUCUGCUCGAGGACUCGCGCCUUACAGAUGCCGACCUGUACGCCGUCUUUCGCCAAGAACUGAAGGGGUACACAAAUGACGUCUGUGCGGUUCGUGCCGACGGCACGCAGCCCGAAUUCAAAGGCAUUGUGGAAUCGCCCUGAUAGGAAAACAGCUGUACUUUACAACUAUAGUCAAAUCUACUGGUGUUAUUUCGAUAUCAUGUCUAGUUCUACUUCUAGUUGUUGAAGUCGUCAACCAUCACGUUUUUUCAACGUUAAUUGCUUUUCAGAAGACAAGAGGCCAGCGAUGGCAGCUUUCCGAUCAUUUAUUUUUCGUAGAAACAAGUCAGGUAUAAUUUUCAUAAUAUGCUUAGAUCAUCAAUUAUUUAACUUCCUAGUAAAGACAUCAAAGUUAGUCUUAGUUUUUUAUUCACAAGGAUGAAGCACCUGAAGAUGAAGAUUCACGAUAGACUAGGUGCUGACGUGGAUCAUCAUCAGGCGUUUAAGUACAUGAUUCAUGGUCGGCUCGCGUCCUGCAGUUUCACCAGGUCGGAUCUCUUCGACUUUGACACUUACGUCGACCAAUUUUCAAGUUUUUUUUAUCCAGUAAGCCUAAAAAAUGGCCAUGAAUCCAUGUCCAACUUCAAGAAUCGACCAAUUUACAACUCAAAUUGAAUGAAAAAAUGGAUGCUAUUUCUGCUCCACGAAAUUAAAAUAAGAUCAAAGAUUAAGUAAGUAUCUUCAGCAUGGUUCUAUCCUCGUGAAGACCCUACUAGUACAUCUUGUUUCUACAAGAUCAAGAACAAACACCAGGAACGUAGUGAUCGAAUCGACAAUUAAUAUUGUAGAGGCUUUCCGCAUACUAAUUAUAGCUGAUGAAGUGUACUAUAAUCACAGUACUAGUUGUAGUCUUCUUCAUCAACAUAAAUGAGAAAUAGAAUUGUAGAUGCAUGAACAGGAACAAGAAGAAGGACUUGACGUCGCCCGCGUCCUCCUUUCAGAAACGAGCUCAUCUUCGGGUUGUCUUAGGGUUAGCGGGGAAAGAACUUGAUGCACAGGUCUAUCGACAAUUCUUUCUCUUUGUGCAUAGGGUAUCUGUAGCUCUAUUUCAUUAGGUUUGAUGGCUGGUGCAGUGCGGCAGCGGCACCAGCAAAGUCAUGAUCUGCAGUGGAAAACGUACUCAUUGCUAUCGAGCUCAAUACAAAUGAGGUUUCGUCAUAAAUCCAUGGUCUUCCUACAACUGUAAAAUUGAUUUUUGGAAGAUAUUAUUAUCGAUUUCGAUCGUGCUUACUAAAUGAAUGCUUUGUUUCAUGCAGGUGAUUUGCUCUCCUGAUGUGCGUGAUACGAGAGUGCAUAUAGUGAAGGAUUUGUUGUGAUGUGAUGGGUGUGAGACACAGUGUUGCAGCAAAAUGGAAAAUCUUCAUGGGUCAACUAAAAAGCCUGUGAAUGAAAUGAAUCAUCUACUUGAUCUAUUUCAUCCGCACCAUCGGGGUCUUUUGUGCCCUUUCUUAUGUGGUGUAGAGUGCUUGCGUGC